CCUAGCUUCCAGGACCCCAGCCCACGGCCUGCGGGCUAGUGCAGAGCCCAGCUCACUGGAUGACACUGGGGAUGUCUCUGUUCCUGUUCUGGCCUCGGUCUGCCCAUCCGUGUAUCGUGGCCACAACCCCAAGUUUCUUCCCUAACUCUAUCCCGAGGCUCACCCUGAGACUGUCUUCCCCACUCCCUUCCUAGGCACAGUGGAUGCAGCCAGGACAAACAAGACUAACGUCCAGAGUCGAAUAGAACCAGAGUACCACGUUUCAGUCUGUCUCUGCUUAUUUAGGGCUCACAAAAGGCCCAGUCCCUACCAUACUCUUCUUCCUCAUCAAAGCUUUUCCCGCAAGGAAGUCUUGAAUCUAACCUGCUGUGGCCCUUCCGCGCCAACUUCCCACUGCGCCUUCCGUUCGUGUUUGCCGUGCGCUAGGCCAACUCAAAAACAUCCCUCACUCUCGGGGUGGAAGGACUAAGAUUCCCUCAGGCUCCACACCCAACGCGUGUGAGGUGACACUGUACCCAGGGGAAGGCUAGCGUUUGCGAGCUGAGCCCGGUUCCUCGAAGAGAUAGAUAACGGAAGGGGGCGCCCAAGAAUCCGGGGUCCAGACGAGAGGAGCUGCUUAGAAUGGGAGAGACCUUCGGUGGAGAAUUAGGUCUUGUAAAAAACAGGGCUGGGAAUCGAACGGAGGGAGCGGAUUGGUCACUGGAAUUUGGAGGGGGCGGGGAUAGGGCGCAGAGACUGGAAGGAGGCGGGGAUAGAAUGCGGGGAUUGGAAAGUGCUAAAACCAGGGGCUUGAACACCCGGCAAAACGCACACGAGACAGAAAUCGAGGUUCCCGGUUGUGGGGAGAACUGGGGGUGGGGCAGGAGUUCCAAGGACCCGUGGACAAAGUCGUGCGCUCCGCACUGGAACUGGACAUGCAAACGGGAGGUUUGGGGCCGGCACUCUAAAUCGGGGUAAGGGGGACCGCCAGGCGGGCUUGGGCCCCGACAUCCGGUCGGCGGACCCCUGACUCAGAGUGGUAAGUAGCCUCCUGUGGGGGUUGCAGGCCUGGAUCCUGCCUGAGCUGGGCGUCCGAGCCUUUUCAUCACCUGUCCUCGACGCUCGCCUCGGCUCCCAGCCUCAGCAUCCCCGCUGCGACGCAUGCGCAGUAGGGUUCUUCCGUCUCCAUCCCCUCCGGUCCCGGCCGGGGGAAGGGACGCUGGGCCACCCCAGGCGGAUGAAUUUAUAGACAGCCCCCCUCCACCCUCGCCUGGGACUGGGAAGCGGAAAUGGGAUGGACAAUGCCAGCAUCCGGCAGGUGUUCCUUUGACAUGGGGCUAGGCAAAGGUUUUUUUCUCGACACCCCGAAACCCACCCUGGAACGGUUUCCUGCCCCCAUCUCCGAAUUUUGAGAGUCCUUUAUAUGGGGGGGGUCCUAUAUGUUUUUUUUUUAUAUGGGGGGAGGGGAACCCUGGUUGUGUAGUGGUGAGGAGCUAUGGCUGCUAACCAAAAUGUUGGCAGUUCAAAUCUACCAAGCGCUUCUUGGAAACCGUGUCGGGCAGCUCUACUCUGUCCUGUAGGGUCGCUAUGAGCCGGAAUGGACUCGACCGCAGUGGUUUUUUUUUUUGUUUGUUUUGUCUCGUGUUGUUUACAUGGGCGGUGGAGCGGGGGGGCACUGCUCCCGCGCCUUGCUCUCAGGAGAGCAGCACAAGCUGUUAACGCGAGUUAAUCCUCCACUUCUCUCUCCGUUCACAGGUCCCCCCAGCUGACGUCCCCGCCUAACCCCCCACAAACCAGAGUCUCCAGCCAGGAGCCUCAAGACCUCUCAGCACCUGAGGGGCUGCUGGCGUGACAUGGCUGAAGCACAUCAGGCCGUGGGCUUCCGACUAUCGCUGACCUCGGACGGGGCGGAAAUGGAUCUCAGUGCGCCGAUGUUGCAGGAGAUCUACCUCUCCGGACUACGCUCGUGGAAAAGGCGCCUCUCCCGUUUCUGGAACAACUUUCUUACUGGUGUGUACCCUGCCAACCCCCUCAGCUGGCUUUUUCUCUUCGGUGCAAUCCAGCUCGCCUGGUUCCUCCAGCUGGAUCCUUCCCUUGGACUCAUGGAGAAGAUAAAAGAGUUGCUGCCAGACUGGGGUGGGCAGCACCAUGGGCUUCGAGGGGCCCUGGCAGCUGCACUGUUCGCCUCCUGUCUGUGGGGAGCCCUGAUCUUCACACUUCAUGUGGCCCUGAGGCUGCUUCUGUCCUACCACGGCUGGCUCCUUGAGCCCCAUGGUGCCAUGUCCUCACCCACCAAGACCUGGCUGGCCCUGGUUCGCAUCUUCUCCGGCCGCCACCCAAUGCUCUUCAGUUACCAGUGCUCCCUGCCUCGCCAGCCCGUGCCCUCCGUGCAGGAGACCGUGCGCAAGUACUUGGAGUCCGUCCGGCCGGUCCUCUCUGACGAGGACUUCAACUGGAUGGCGGGCCUAGCGCAGGAAUUCCUGAGACUGCAAGCGUCGCUACUGCAGUGGUACCUGCAGCUCAAGUCUUGGUGGGCGUCCAAUUACGUCAGUGACUGGUGGGAAGAAUUCGUGUACCUGCGCUCCCGAAACUCGCUGAUGACCAACAGCAACUAUUACCUGAUGGACUUCCUAUAUGUCACGCCCACUCCGCUGCAGGCCGCUCGUGCUGGGAAUGCUGUCCACGCUCUGCUUCUGUACCGCCAUCGCCUGACCCGCCAGGAGAUCCCACCUACUUUGCUGAUGGAGAUGCGCCCCCUGUGCUCUGCUCAGUACGAGAAAAUAUUCAACACCACCCGCGUUCCGGGGGUCCAAAAAGACCACAUCCACCACCUCUGUGACAGCCGACACGUGGCUGUCUUCCACCGGGGCCGAUUCUUCCGCGUGGGAACCCACUCCGGAAAUGGCCUGCUUUCCCCUCGGGCCCUGGAGCAGCAGUUCCAGCGGAUCCUGGACGACCCCUCCCCCUCCUGCCCCCAUGAGGAACACCUGCCGGCCCUGACCGCAGCGCCCAGGGACACGUGGGCCCAGCUACGGAGGUCUUUGAAGAUGCAGGCUGCGGAGGCCCUGGAGGCAGUGGAAGGGGCUGCUUUCUUUGUGUCGCUGGACUCUGAGCCUGCAGGGCUCACCAAGGAGGACCCAGCAGCUUCACUGGAUGCCUAUGCUCACGCCCUGCUGGCUGGCCCAGGUCAUGACCGCUGGUUUGACAAAUCCUUCACCUUAAUUGUCUUCUCCAACGGGAAGUUGGGCCUCAGCGUGGAGCACUCAUGGGCCGACUGCCCCAUCUCAGGACACAUGUGGGAGUUCACUCUGGCCACAGAAUGCUUUCAGUUGGGCUACUCAGCAGAUGGCCACUGCAAGGGACAUCCUGACCCCACACUGCCCCAGCCCCAGCGGCUGUACUGGGAUCUUCCAGACAAGAUCCAUCCAUCCAUCUCUCUAGCCCUGAGGGGAGCCAAGACUUUGUCUGGGAACAUCGACUGCCACAUCUUCCCCUUCUCCCACUUUGGCAAAAGCUUCAUCAAACGCUGCUAUCUCUCUCCAGACAGCUUCAUUCAGAUGGCCUUGCAGCUGGCCCACUUCCGGGACAGGGGUCAAUUCUGCCAGACUUACGAGUCGGCCAUGACUCGCUUGUUCUUGGAAGGUCGGACAGAGACAGUGCGGUCUUGUACGAGGGAGGCUUGCAACUUUGUGAAAGCCAUGGAGGAUGAUGAGAAGACGGACCCAGAGUGCCUCGCCCUGUUCCGCGUGGCGGUGGACAAGCACCAGGCCCUGCUGAAGGCAGCCAUGAGUGGGCAGGGGGUCGACCGGCACCUCUUCGCACUGUACAUCGUGUCCCGGUUCCUCCACCUGCAGUCGCCUUUCCUGGCCCAGGUUCACUCAGAGCAGUGGCAGCUGGCUACCAGCCAGAUCCCUGUUCAGCAAAUGCAUCUGUUUGACAUCCACAAUUAUCCCGACUAUGUUUCCUCUGGGGGUGGAUUCGGGCCUGCUGAUGACCAUGGUUAUGGUGUUUCUUAUAUCUUCAUGGGGGAUAACAUGAUCACCUUCCACAUCUCCAGCAAAAAAUCAAGCACAAAAACGGACUCCCAUCAGCUGGGGCAGCACAUUGAGGAUGCGUUGUUGGAUGUGGCCUCCCUGUUCCAGGCUGGGCAGGGUCUUAGGCGCAGGCGCAGAGUGUUAGAGGGGAAGGACUCAGGGCACAAGUGUGACUCCCUCUCCAUCCAGACUCAGAGCUCCAGGGCACCUACAACAUCCACCAACUUCUGACCCCUUCUACCAGGGAGCUGGUCUCUCUCAGGAACCAGGGUGAGGAUCUACAGCUGGGCUGGUUCAGGACAGGGGCAGCCUGUUUGCAAAUCCCACAUCUGGGCCAAUAAAGAUGUGUGAGCUGCA